GCAUGUGACAAAUGAAAUUGUAUUUUAUUUGGUCAGUACCUAGUGAACUUAAUAUUCUGUAUUUUGUCAUAUGGUUCCCUGACAGGUUCAAUAAGAACGGCAUCGAUCUGAACAGGAACUUCCCAGAUGCCUUCUCUAAGAAGGAGAGUGGAAUGAGAGAGAUGGAGGUGAGAGCCAUUAUGGACUGGCUGAAGACUGAGAGCUUCGUCCUGUCAGCCAACCUGCACGGUGGGGCUGUGGUGGCCAGCUACCCCUACGACAACAGCAAUGGAGGUAGUGAGCUGCAGAGUGGAUCCAGUGUUGCCCCUGACAACGACGUGUUGAUCCAGCUGGCUAAGACCUACUCCUACACCCACAGCAAGAUGCACAAGGGAGACCACUGUUACGACUCCAAGGACUUUAAGGAGGGCAUCACCAACGGUUACUACUGGUACCCUCUACCAGGAGGGAUGCAGGACUAUAACUACGUGUGGGGCCAGUGUCUAGAGAUCACCUUGGAGCUGUCCUGUUGUAAAUUCCCUCCAGAGAGUGAUCUGCCUGGGCUCUGGGAUGCCAACCGGGCCGCGCUGCUGGCAUACAUGCAACAGGUCCAUCUGGGUGUGAAAGGGCAGGUGUUGGACGCGGAGGGAAACCCAUUACAGAAUGCUUUGGUGGAGGUGGAGGGGAGACGGAACCUCUGUCCCUUCAGAACGGACCUCCAUGGAGAGUACUACAGACUGCUGUUGCCAGGCAACUAUACCUUUAUGGUAACGUUCCCGGGUCACCAGGUGUUGAUGGAGACGUUAACGGUCCCGUACGGUCCCGACUCAUUCUCCGCCCUCGUCCACAACUUCCAGCUGCAGAGGACCGCAGCCACCACCCCUGGCCCCAGCCACCCCACCCAGUCCUGCACCCCACCCCAGGUCUGGAGGCCCCUGGAUGGCCACUCUCCCAGCCUGGGCCCCUCGGGUGUCACCAUCCUCCUGGUUCUCCAGGUUCUCUGGAAUACCAUGUUACUGUGACCGAGAGAUGGGUCGCGUCUCAAAUGGAACCUUAUUUCCUGUAUAGUGUAGGGCUCUAGUCAAAAAUAGUGCACUAUAUAGGGGAUAGGAUGCCAUUUGGGACGUAUCCAUGGAGAUAGACUGACUGAGAUGGGAUCUCCCAGUCCAGAGACAUUGUCUUUUUUUCAGUAUUUUUGUACAAACAAAAACAUCCGAUAUAUAUUUUCUUGUAACACUUUGCAUUGCUCUACCUUGCACAAACAUGUGAGCCAUUUUGUGUUUUUAAAAAUUGUAUGUUUUGUA